AUGUCUCGCCGUGGUGACACCAACCCCCAUUUUGUCCGGCCAUAUCCGUCACAAUAUCCAGAACAACUUCCCCAAACAUCCCCACACAGUUCAUCGGUGCCGCUCCCAGAGCACCACGGGCAGCACCAUGAGCCGCCCAACCUCAGACCACAAUGGCCUGGACCGCAUCCCCCCGAACAAGAAGUUGAGCCAGGAACAAGACAAUUGCAGCCAGGCCGCCGGCCCCGGUCUAAGCAUCCGGCGGGUCAUUUGGUGUCAUUUCAUCCAGUCCCUGAAGAACAUCCUCCUCGGACAGACCAGCAAACCCCCCACCCUGAUCAUGAAGACCAACAGCCUCGGAUAAAACAUCCAGGCCAGAAAACCCCCCUUGGAGUUCCAAUGGUGCCAGCCUCACAUCAUGGUCGCGAAGACGAGCAACAUCGUUGGCCAUACCCACAAGGGCGGCCGCAUAGCCAGCAUACUCGCCCACACGGCUUGCACAUACCACGGCCUCAAAAAACCAAUUUCUUCGCAUGGUCAGGAGCCAUUUGCUGUGCAAUUUUUUGGGUUCUCAUUAUCUUAACCGGCCUAGUGGUUCUCAUAGUCUAUCUUGUUUUUCGUCCCCGGACUCCGAAAUUCGACGUCUCUUCCGCCACACUCAACGCAGCGUAUCUUGACAUGGGAUAUCUUCUCAAUGCCGACGUUACAGUGCUGGCAAACUUCACCAACCCAAACAAGAAGGUCAGCGUUGACUUUAGCAACCUGAUCAUUGAUCUUUAUUAUGGAAAUACCCGCGUUGCUACCCAGUACAUAGAACCCUUCUCUGCAUCGAGGCGUCAGUCCAUGUUCGCAAAUGUUCAUAUGGUGGCUAGCCAGGUUCGUCUCGGAGUGCUGGAAAGCAUAAGGCUCAAGAAGGAGAUGGAGAUCGAUCGGGCCAGAUUUGAGGUCAAGGGGUAUUUCCGAGCACGAGCUAACUUCGGAAAGAUCCUCCGGUACUCGUACUGGUUGCACGGCGACUGCCAAGUCGUGCUCACUAGACCUCCUGAUGGAGUUCUGGUGACCAGAAAAUGCAAGACAAAACACUAA